UGCUGGGAUAGGGCUGUCUCCAUAUCUCCCGGAGAGCAGCGCCGGGAGGAGGUAGAGGGAGAGAGAGGGGGGCCAGGAUCGGAGAUCGAUCUCUGCAACUACCAAGUGAAUCGACACCAACUUCAAUCCCCUAGCGGCUGGCGAGGUGAGCUCCUCAUCAUUCAAACAGCAGAGGCCAAGAGAGAGAGAGUGUGGGCAGAUAGAGGGAAUCAGCGUCUUGUGGAAGCAGAAAGCGGCCCGGCUCUUACUGAAUGAUGACCACCGGCCAGGAGCAGCAAGGGACCGAGAAAGAAGCCCAGACUGCAGAGCUGGAGAGGGACGCCGAGGAUCUGACACCCAACCGGGACAGAGGGGUGCUGAAGGUUGUCAAGAAAGCAGGCAUUGAUGACGAGUCUCCAAUGAUAGGUGAUAAAGUGCAUGUCCAUUACACUGGGACCCUAUUAAAUGGAAAAAUAUUUGAUUCAAGUAGAGAGAGAAAUGAGCAAUUUGUUUUUGAUCUGGGAAAAGGUCAAGUGUUGAAAGCGUGGGACAUUGGAGUGGCUUCGAUGAAGAAGGGGGAGGUCUGUCAGUUGAUCUGUAAGCCAAACUACACCUAUGGGGCUGCAGGCAGUCCACCUAAAGUUCCUCCAAACUCCACACUACUGUUUGAGGUUGAGCUGAUAGACUUCAAAGGGGAGGAUUUAACGGACUGUGAAGAUGGAGGCAUUAUCCGUAGAAUUAAAAAGAAAGGACAUGGGUAUUCCAUGCCUAAUGAAGGGGCAACUGUUGAAGUUUCUAUCGAAGGUCGGAGUGGUGCUGUGUUGUUUGACCAACGGGAAGCUAAGUUUGUGAUUGGUGAAGGAGAAGAUCAAGAUAUUCCCAUUGGAGUUGACAAAGCCUUGGAGAAAAUGCAGAGAGGAGAGCAUUGCAUUCUUCAUCUGAUGCCUGAAUAUGGCUUUGGCAAUCUCGGAAAACCUGAACUCAACGUUCCGCCAAAUGCAGAACUAGAUUACGAAGUAUUGCUGAAGAACUUUGAAAAGGCUAAAGAAUCCUGGGAAAUGAACACUCAAGAGAAACUGGAACGAGCAGCUCUAGUCAAGGAGAAAGGAACAUUCUAUUUUAAGGCUGGCAAAUAUAAGCAGGCUCAGAUCCAGUACAGGAAGAUUGUGGCAUGGCUGGAGCAGGAAUACUGCCUGACACAGGAGGAAAGUCGGAGAGCCAAGACCCUCAUUCUGGCAGCGCAUCUCAAUGUGGCCAUGUGCUACCUGAAACUGAAUGAGUACCUGAAGGCUGUGGAGAGCUGUGACAGGGCAUUAGAGAUUGACCAAGCCAAUGAGAAAGCACUGUACAGACGCGGCGAAGCAAGACUUUGUGUUAAUGAGUUUGAUCUGGCAAAGGCAGACUUCCGGAAGGUGCUCCAAGUCAACCCUGAAAACAAGGCUGCAAAGACUCAAAUCGUCCUGUGCCAGAACAGGAUGAAGGAGCACCACGAGAGGAACAAAAAGAUUUAUGCCAACAUGUUCCAAAAGUUUGCAGACAGAGACUCGAAGGGGGAAACCAGCAAAUCUUCAAGGCAGAAGGAAAGGAAUAUAUUUAAAGAAGUGGAAGGGGAUCCGCCUGAAGAAAAGAAAGCCAGAGAAGCAGAAUGAAGAGGAAAAAAGUGCCUCUGUAGGAUGAAGCAACUGGUGUCUGAGUAGGCUGCAAAUCGUGCUCCAGCAUUUGAAUCCAGGACAGUGCCCCAUUUUAAGAGGGCAUUGAGAUACUUGCUGCCAAAUAACAGGAACAAAGGGAUUAUUAUUGCUGGAGAUCUCUACAAGUUCAGUGUAUGGCAAGUCAAUGAGAACUUUGAGUCACAGAACCCCCCAACCCCCGGCCUCCAUCUCCCCCAAGGAGCUGUAGUAAAGCUUCAUAACCUUGAGUGAAAAUGUUUUUCCUAAUCCUAAUCAUUCCAGAAUCUAACAGAAAUAAAGGUUACAAUCCUCCUA